AUGUGGAACAGCAAUCGAUCGCGUCCGUCAAACAAAGAAGCGGGGCCAUCUUUGGUAACGGGCGAGCUGGGCAUCGUCAGUAGGUAAGCUGAAUUUCUCUUAUUUACACUCUCAAUAUUAACGUCUUAGCUAUAUUAAAAUAAUGUAUGUACCAUAGCUCUUUGUAAUUCCCUUAAAAACGGGAGUACAGUUUAGACUUUUUCGUUUCAAGGAACGAUCGAGAGACAGUUGACAAAGUUGCGGUUACUUGCUCAAUGAUUUGUAAGCUCAUUGUCUUUCGAUCAACAAAACUUUGCGUAAAACCUAUCCUAAAAUGUUUUCUGUUUUCAAGACUUUAUAAUUAUUUUGUAUUUUGCAUUUGUCUGUACAUCGAUAAGCUAAGCCUUGGUGAACAUGGCCGUGCUUUUUUCUGUCCCCAAACUAGUAUGGGUUUUUUUCCCAAGCUAUGGGACAUACCAUUUUUUAUCAGCAUCCCCCACCCCCUACCCCAUGGAAGGCAUAAUGUGAUAAUAUCCAGAAGGACCCUGUUGGAAUCUAAUAUUUUAACCACAAUAAAGGGUUUUGGAAUUAGCAUUUAACUCACAAGGGCCUUUUGGAAUCUCGGAUUACUACAAGGCCUUAGGAAAGUGGGGAUUUGGGAACCUUAGGAAUCGCAAUUUAAGGGCCUGUUGGAAUCAUGCAUUCCAUAGAGGGGGUGCAGGUGGAAUGUCCCUUUACGGCUCUGACACUUAAUAACAAAGUUUUCUAUUCUAUUCUAUUCUAAUUUGUACUUGCAUGUAGAUUGACCUGCUCGCCUGAGUUGGGGGAGGGUGGACUUUCUAGUACAGUCAAAACUCUCGUAGAGACCACCUCAGAAAAUUUGAAAAAGUGGUCGUAAACUAGAGCUGGUCAUUUACAAGAAUGAGCUCUCCCCAAAAACGGCUAAUAAGAGCUGAACCACAUUCUGCGUAUCAUCCAGUCCAAUUUUUUAUUUAUUUGUUUCUGACACACAAACAAUAUUAUUGCAAUACAUUACAUUUAUGAUUCAUUACAAUAAAUUCUAAUUCUCGGUUACUAAAUUUUACCUUACGUCAAAACAGGUAACUGUUAUCGUUUACGGAAGGGAAGAAAGUGAAAGAAAAAGAAAAAGAAAGACAAAGUCCACAAAAAUAAUAUAGCUUAUAUGAUUAUAUAGUCCUCCAUCCCCCAUCUGCCUGUUUGUCACUUGCACUUAAAUUAAGUGUGUAGAUCAAAUUAUUUUUGUUUGAAAGUAGCCCAUUUCUUCCUAAAGGAGGCUAAGUUAUUAUUAUCAAAAGCAAUCUGUUUCUUAAUUUCCAUGGAGCGUAUGACUCCAACCUGAUUUUAGUCAGCAUUGUUAUUGGCAACAAUCUUAGACAAUUACAGCAUUUAAAGUGUUGUGGCACGAAAAUUAACAUAACAUGGUGCACAGAUUAUGAAAAUACUUUCGCAUGAAUAGAGUCUGAUUGUAAGUUGAAAUUUGGCUUAUGAAAAGCAUUUCGUACACUUAACAGUCAAAUUUGUUCCUGCAUUUCUUAAGCACUUUGAAACGUUUCAGCAGGUCCUGAGGGAUCGUCCCGUGCACGUUCUUGUAAUGUUUGGCAAUGGCGGAGGACUGUUGUUUAUGUCCUUUUACACGAUUGUGUAAAUGUCCACGUGUGUAACGUACAUGUACAUAGCCUGCAGCACACAGGUCACACUGGAAGCUAUAAACUACACACUGUUCAUUUACGAUCGGUGGCUUUGCUUCUUUCACAUUCAGUCCUUGUUCAAUUUUCCGGCUGGUAAACACAGGCUGGAUGGUGGUGUUUACUUUUAGGCUCAGAUCCUUCGUGACAAAAACUUUGAAACACUUAUUUUAGGAUGAUUGUUAGCAAACCAAAAUAUAUGGGUAAUACAUGUUCGGAAAUACAAGUCAAUUGCUGAUGAGUCAAGAGCUGAUGAGAACACAUGUCUACCCUGAAAUGCAUCAGUGCACAUUAAUACUCAGUAGUAUGUGAGUUACCUCUUUGUUUAGAGGUGUUAUAUGUCAGUGAAUGGUCAACAAGCUUCAAACUGGCAAAUCCAAAAAAAUUUACUUGCAAAAUGCCAAGUGCAACUUUCACUUACUAUUGAAACUCAAAUUUUUAAAUACCCGAUGCACAUCUAUUUCGAUCAUGAAUUGAGGAAACAGUCAUAUUUCACAACAUGACAAUGGACAUCAAAAGUCGAACCUCAUACGACGGCACUUGCUUUCAUAAAUGAAACUUCUUUGUGAUGACCAAAUUUGCAUCAAUGACACUUUGUCAUAGGUACAUUGUAGCGAGACUUAAGAAAUUAAAAGGAGUGUUCCAACUUUAACUAACAGAACUUGAGAUACAAUCCACUGCGUUACCACAAAUCGGCAAGGCAUGGGCUUGAAAAUAAAAUCCUAGGAUUUCUAGGCUUUAGUAGUAUAUAAAGAAUUAUGCAGAUCUCAAAGGGUAUUAUCCACCUCAAUCCGCAUAAUUCUUCAUAUCCUACUCAGCCUCAUUCAGUAAUUGCUAAAUAAUUUCAUUUCAUGCCGAUUUUGUCACUUUCAAAAUAAGAGCUCUAAUUUUCAGCUCUUUAAAGAACGCCUUUUAUACUACAGGUGUAUGAACACAUAAAAAAGUAGGAUGCCGAGCAAUUUUACAAGUGAAACCCAGUUGCAUGUCACCAAAUUUACAGUAGCUCGAUUAUUCACGGCUGAAGUUUGUCAUGAAAAGUUCCUUAGAAUGAGCAACUAUCAAGCUUCUUCAAACCCAACAAUUUGUUUGUUUGUUUUUUUUCAACAAUGCACCACAAAGCACUGUCACGGUGAAUAACGAAUUCAAAGAAAAAUCUUUUCCUUCCUGACACGUAAGCGCUGAUGCAUGCCCUCAUCCGAGCUGAUACGUCCAUUGCAUCAGUUUUGCCUCUGUAUUGUUUGCUUAGUUCUGGCCUGCACUUUGGCUUCCUUUGUUUUUGCAGGUAUACCCCUCUGAAACAGCGAACAGCCAACAGAUUGCCAGCUAACUUGAGGCUCUCCAUAGAGGAUGUCUUUAGGCAUUCAGUCAUCCUCCAUUUUUCUGGCAAGCUUAAGCACAGUGGUAGAUGUACAGCAUAUUGUUAGUGGAGUCUUGAAGUGUCUGAGAUGUGCAUUGUCCUUCAAGUAAAGCUCUUGGUAGGUAUUCCAACUCAUUUCUGGGUCCAUCUUGCCAUGGUCAGUGCAGUGAAUUUGUUACAGCUGCACCUCUAAAACUAAUUCAUGGUAUGCGUCCCAUAGGACACAAAGAUCGAUCAAUCUGAACAUGUGUAUUUGUAGAAAUAUUCUGUUCGUGCAAUUUCUGUGGCAGUUAUAAUAGCUGUUGUUUAACGAUGCAUAAUUAUUUCUUUUAGUCUUUGCUGUCUUUGCAGGACAAAUUUCAGUAGCCUGUAAUACAGAGAUAUGGAGUCUAGCUGUCUUCAGAUUAACUGUCUGGUUACAUAGAGGCCCAAGCAUUUUCAAGUUCUAAAAAGGCUUCUUUUCUAUCUAGAAACGUUUUCUCUAGGGCUUUUAUACUUGUCUCUAAAAACAAACAAUCAAGAAAUUUCAAUUUUUUACUAAAAGCAUGAGCUAACCUCUUUGGAUGAAAUCCAAUCUGGUGACUAUGUAGAAUCAAUAUUAAUUAUUUUUGGCUUCUUUUCCAUGUAGAACAUCAAGUAACCUUUUUUCCUAGGCUGUUUUAGCCCAAAACAAUGAUUUUUGACUAUAAGUAUGCGUGGGUAACCCCUGUGGAAAGUCUAAUCCAAUAUGGUGACUAUUGUCUAAAAAUUCUUUUUCAUCAAGAAUAUUCCAAAACAUCUCUUCUAGGGUUUUUUUUUUAACCAAAAACAAACAAUCUAGAAAUUUCAAAUUUUUGACCCAAGGCAAGGUAGCGUUCAAUCUAGAAAUUAGUCAAAAUGGGUCAUACCUGUACAUGUAUAUCCCACAUAGCAUUUUAAAUUGGGUUUGGGUCAAGUGAAACUAUGAUAUUGAAAUUUUGUGCAACUGACAUCACCAAACUGACUUCGCCAGCUUUACCAUCCUUUCCAGCCCAUCUUUAUGCUUUUCAGUUUCAUGAACUUAGUUUUUGUUGUCCUUUCAUAAUGAAACAAAAACAAAAGAGCAAUAAGUCAACAAAUGAAGCAUGAAUCGAUCAGCAAAGCAACGUGUGUAGAAAGUCAAAAUGUAUGCUCCAGUCUCUCCUGCAAUUGUGUGGAACGCCUAACGCAAAAAACUACUCAUACGCACAAAGUCUGAAAUGACAGUCAUUUCAGGCUUAUAAGCUCACCUAUUUUUCAAAGUUUACCUUUAUUAUUGCCUGUUAAUUUGGAAAUACUUACAUAUGAACUAACUUCUUUUUUGCGUCAGUAUGAUGUUUUUUCAUUUUGCGUCAAAAGAGAAUAUUCCGCGUCAAUGACACAAAAACGCGUCUUAGAUUGAACACUACAAGGCCUAACCCCUUUGGCAAAAAUCAACCAUGGGGACUAGAUGUAUGUGUAACUGAUGUUAAUUUUUAUUUACUCAAAAAGCUUCUUUUCUGUCUAAAACAUCAAGAAAUGUUUUUUCCCCCAAACAAUCAAGAAAUAAACCAGUUUCAAAUUUGUAGCGGCCACUGAAUAGAAUCACUGAAGACUCAUUUAUACAGGGUUAGUUGUACACAGGUCUUUUUCUGACUGGAAUGUGUCAAUAUAAUUAUUUACUUUAGGUCGACACUAACCCUGUAUAAAUUUAGUAUUCAUUGCUUCUUUUCAACGGUCGCAACAAAUACGAAAAUGGACCGUAUUUCAAAUUUUUUACCUUUGACAAAAUCUGAUAUGGUGACUAUGUAAUAUUAUUAUUAUUUUUAUCAUCUCAAAAGGCUUCUUUUCUAUCUAGAACAUCCCUGGUCUUGUUUACCCAAAAACAAAGAAACAAGAAAGUUCAGAGUUUUAACCAAAAGCAUGGGCUAACCCCUUUUUGGGAAAAAACAAAAAGGAAUGUGGCAACUAUGAAAAAUCAAUACUUUUGUUGUAUAAAAGGGCUUCUUUUUUAUCUAGAACAUCCUGAAAUGUUGAAAGAUCUUUGCCCCGUGUCAGUGUUCUCCCUUAAUUUUAGCUCAGCAGGUACAGUGUAAGGGACCAUUCAAGGCCAAAAAUUUGCACCAGAGGUGCAAUUUCCUGUGGGGAAAGGGGUAGUGGAGUGAGGGACAUGGCCCUGCUCUUGCUUGGAAAUUUAGGAGCUAAGUUCUCUGAGACGUCAUUCCUUCAUUUUAAGACCUACAGUGUAUUUUACACAAAUCUGUCCUUGUCAUCUUUAGACAACAAGUUUUUAAAAAAGUUUAAUUCCAAUAAUUUUACUCUGUCUUCAAUGUUCUCUUUCCAAAAUUUGUGUUCCAGAAAAAGAAAAGCUGUACAUUAUACUUUAGUACUCUUCCGUAUAUUCAUUCGUUUCCUUGUGAGUCACAACUUCCUUAUUUUUUUAAAACUACAUACCGUAAAAUUCCAAAAAUAUUAAAGCCCUGGGGCUGUCCGCUUAAAAAAAUUGUGUAUGCCUCAUGAAAAGUCUUAAAAAUAUGCUCGAGAGCCUCGAAACGAUGACUGAUUCUGUCUCACUCCGUCCGCUGUUUUGAAAGUUUUGAUCACUGAGGCGAUGUUUUGAUUUGUUUGUUGAUAAACACAAGCGUGCCUUCUCAUUGGUUGAAAAGUGUGAUGUGACCAGUUGGCCCUGUCCUUAAAUUUAGGGAUAUUCUGGACUGUUAAAUGUAAAACCUAAUCGUAUGAUUGACUCGCAAAACGGAUGCCAUAUUGGAAAUGGAAUUAUACCUGAGCUGGGUGAAAUCCAUCACCUGUGUGCCUGAUUUUGAACUUUUGUCGCGCAUCUACGAGAGAGCAUCCUUCAAUGGUCGAUGAUUAUUAGGCAGAUUUUCUUUGUUUAUCAGAGGACCACACACAAAGCAUGAAGAGAAAGAGAUGCAAUAGGGCAUCAUUUUCUAGAUCCCGGAAGGUUGAAAGGAACAUUUUCAGCUGGGAUUCAUUAGCAGAAAAAAUGUUUUGUCGAACUUGUGGCGGUGUGUGUACUCAAAUAGUAGUGCUAAGAGAUGCAAAUUCCAACUAUGCUUUUAUCACAGAAACAGAAAAUUUCCGUUUAUUGUCUCUCCAGUUUAAAGUUGGAUGUUGAUAAAAUUUAUUGAUCGACUGUAUUAGUAAAGAACUGAAAACAAACAAAGACAACACAGCAAGUGUUUAUUCGUUUGCAUUUCGUUUAAAAAUAAUUAUAUACUUUAUAGACUAGACACUGGAAGGAGUAGAGUGGCUCCUUGCCCCCUGGGUAUAUUUUUUUCUGGGCUUUCUUUCUUUUUUUUUUGACCAGUGACUUGUCCUCUUGAGUUAGUGAUCUAUUUCACUUGCUAGCCCAUUGCCUAGUGUUCAAAAAAGUUAGUGUCGAGUACUGGGUUACCUUCUAACAAGGAGAACACUGCGAGCACAAAAAAUUUUUUGUUGAAACUGAUCAUCUCCCAAGUACCUGUACUGGUGGAUCUGCUCAGGUGGUUCAGAAGUGAUGGGUUUACAUGUUACUUUUCUUGUUCCCUUUACAGGUUCAAUGUUCAACGGUGAAUAUUAUUAUUAUUAUUUUGGUAAAGGACACAGUCAGUCAAAGGCAUGCAAUCACUUAUGUGAACAGCAGCAAGGACUUUUUGCCACACAGGUAAGAUGAAAUGUAAUAAAUACACCUGUACCCGCAGGUGCACUCUCUGCGUUGUUCGCUUAGUUGUGACCUGUACUGUAUUAAUUAUUAUCUUUUUUACAUGUAUAAUUUUGUCCAAAACAGUUAUGAGCCAGCGAAUGUGGUAUGGUUUGUAAGGUCUUGAGUCUUAAACAAGACCAAUAGUUUACUAUUAAUUUUAGCAUCUCGAAUAGGGUGUCUUUUUGUUCUGGAAGCCUAACUUUAUUCCACAAUAGUGACCCUCAUCCAAUUUCUCCCAACAAUAACACUUGCCUUAGGGCUGUCAUUAAGAGCCGGGGGCCGGGGAUUAAUAGGUCCAGAAGAAAUUCCUGGCUGAUUGUUUCCCUGCUUACUUGAAUGAAUGUGUACUCUUUUCCGGCUGAUGGCGAUUAGUACUGGAAAAUAAUUUUCCAUUAAGUACUUGUUACCCAGACUGAUAAAGUGAUGAUGUCAAUGGCGUUGUGAAAGAAAAUGUUACUAAAAAGCGACAGGAAUUUCGAUUCAGCCCUGGUGAAUGUUAUUUUCGAGCAUGUGCCUUGCGGAUUUGUGAUAACGCAAAGGAUUGUACCUCAAGAUCUUUUAUGCAUUUUUUUUUUCAAGUUCAAUCCUGAAGUCUUGCUUUCUAUGACAAUGUCAUCGAUGAGAAUUUGGUCAUUACAAGGAAAGUUUUGUUUAUGUGAGCACGUGCCAAUCGGAGGUUCGAUUGUCAUGUUGUGAAGUUCCUUCAACUCAAACUCAAGAUAAUUUUGUGAGUGAUGUUCCCUUCCAUGUUAUUGUUACGUUAGCUUGGUUUUGAUUGUGUAAAAUGUGACUGUUUCCUUGAUUUGUGAAAUGCAUGAUCAAAAUACAUGUAGCAAAAGUUGCACUUGGGGUUUUGCAUCUAAAUUUUCUUCAGAUUGCACCAGGUCAAUCCACCAGUUUUAAGCUUGUUGAUCAUUCACCGACACAUAACACCUCUACACAAAGAGUUAGGUCAUACAUACUAAUUAGUCUUAAUGCACACUGACGCAUUUCAUAGCACACGCAUCAGCUCAUCAGCUCAGACGACGCACGGACGCAUCCAGCCUGACGCAAUUGACUCGUCUUUCCUGGCACAUACACCUUGUAUGAGUUGUAUCACACGUAUAUUUUGGUUCGCUUAGUUCUGGCCUGCACUGUACUUUUCUCUUUCUCUCCUUCCCUCUUUUUUCGCUUUUCUUGCCUCAUUUUUUUCUCUUGCUGUGCAUUUAGUAGGCUUGAUUUUCGUGGAAAAGGUUUUUAGAAAUGCUUUGAGGAUGUUAGAAUUAUCUGAAAGGAAAGGCAGGUGGGUAGCAGUGGAACAAGAUUUUCAGGGAAAUCUUCAGGUCAAUAUUACAUGGUUUUUUGCCUUUUUCUCCUUGUGCUCAUUCUGGUAUGGUUUAAAAGAUCUCUUCACUUUGUACAAGUUAGUGGCCACAAGUUGUCCAUGACCGUUAAAACUGAUGAUGUCACAAGCAAUAGAAGCACAUGGGUUUAAAAGUGACACAGCAGUCUUGACUUUUACUUUUCUAUUUCUCUCCUCCCCUCUUUUUUCGCUUUUCUUGUCUAUUUUUUUUUCUCAUGCUGGGCUUUCAGUAGGCUUCAUUUUGGUGGGAAAGUUUUUUGGGAAAGCUUAAAUUAGGAUCCUAGAAUUAGAUGAAAGGAAAGGUAGGUUGAUAGUGGAACAAGAUUUUCAUGGAAAUUUUCAGGUCGAUGUUACAUGCAUUGUUUUUUGGCUUUUUCUGCGGUGUCCUUGACUGAAUUGUGCUCAUUCUGGUAUGGUUUGAAAGAUCUCUUCACUCUGCGCAAGUUAGCAGUCACAAGUUGUCCAUGAACGUUAAAACUGAUGAUGUCACCAGCAGUAGAAGCACAUGGACCGGCAUUCAUUUGCGGUUACGGGCGGCUCAGGGGCGAAUUGUUUAAUAAAAUCAUUUAUAUAAAAAGUAAACAGAACAGGGCCAAGAAUGGACCCCACUGAACUCCAUAUAAUUAUAAUCAACUGGGAGAGACUGCAAAGCCACAUCCCCAAUAGAAACAUACUAUCCAUUCCAGUGCUGAUGGAGACACACCAAGGCUACGAAGUUUAAAUACUUCUAACAACGUGUUGAGGUUUAUACUGUCAAACGCUUUUGACAUGUCCAUCAACACCAAUAUUGAUGUGAUUAUAUGCAACAUAGCUGGUAAACUAUCCUUACGGUAAGUAUUCUUGUACACUGUGCCUUUGGUGUGACGUAAUAAUUAUUAUCACUUGUGAGAAAAAUCGUCUGACCAAUCAAAUUGAUAGUAAUCAAUUUUUAACAGACGAUAUUUACUUGUUAAAUUGUUUUAUUUUCUCUUGAGACAAAGACAGAAAAAUCCUCCCAGACUUCCAUAAAUUAUUACUGAAUUUUUGGGGGAAACUCUGCUGGGAGACAAAGAGCGUUUGACUGUAUAAAUUUCAAGAAAUCUCCCAACCCCUGGAGUGUUUGUGCUACAAGUAACCUAUGGGACAAUAAAAUUUUGGGACACUAACACUUUAUCAGACAGUGUUCUUACCAGUGUUCUCACCAGUGUUUAUACUUUUCUUGGAAAUGCCAUUAAUGCUAUAAUUAGCCCAAGGGGUUCCAUGGGUGCAAGGAAGGAAGGAAGAAAACAAAAACAUACAUACAUUUCCUUAUAAUAUUAGCCAAAAUUUAAUUGGUUAUGGCGUCUUUACUCUAACUCACAGCUGUAAAACGUUGAGUUAAGUGUAUGUAAAAUUGGAUUAAUGUAUGAGUUAUCUACUCUUACUCAGACCUGUGAGUAAAGGAUUGAGUUAACUGUGCCUGUAUCUAAAAAUUGUGACCUGCUCUUCUCCCUCAUGACCCCUUUUCAGCUUCUCUAUGGGUUCUGUGGACCCCUAGUGUGGAACAUCUUGGUAAGAACACUACAGAGAUGAUGGGAUAGUAUGUUGAAAAGUAAUUUAGCUUUAAAACAUCAGUCUCAGAUAGAUUCACCAAUAGUCAAACCAAAGGCAGAAUGGAAGUGCUGUAAAGCAUUUAAGAAGGAUUAAUACAUGUAGGUCUUACCUCCCCUGGUGCUGUGCCUUGACGUGGCGGGGAGGCUUGGGUGCCCUUGGGACCACUAGAGCUAUGAUGGCGGGAGCUUACAUGUAUGUUCCUGGCAGGUUGAAUUAUGCCAGAUUGCUCCAAGGUAGAAGGGCCUGACUAAACAGCACCCUGGUCCUCCAGUUUGGAGGUUUAGUACAGGGUUAACAACUCUGCCUUGUCAAACACAACAUUUUAAAACUUCAAUAGAAAAAACAUGAUGAAAGCACCUACAGCUGUAGUAGAAGCCACUCAGUGGGAAAAGGACAAAUGAGCGAGAUGGAGAUCUUCUGAAGAAUGAGCUACAGAUGCAGCAAAAAAACUCCACCACUCUCAUUGAACUGGCCACCAAGUAAAUAACCACACCUGCACUUCUCUUUACACAGGUGAUAAAGAAAAUUUGUUACUACAAGAUAACAAGAGAUCAUCUCAGAGGAAUCCAGACAGAACUUAUGUCAAGGAUCAGUCUCAAACUUCUCAAUGCAUGUGCCACCCAACACCAGGGAAUCCAGGUUCCACAACUGCAUCCCUGAUGCCUGCCCCAUACAUUCCAGAUAUCUGCUGGAAACUUGAGGAAGAUACUACUUGUAUGAGAUUGGAUUCCUUACAGUUGCUGGUGGCUUGUGUAUGACUAGAUUCCAAUGAAAGCUGAACUUGUGGAUAUGGUGUAGUGGUGUUUGGCCGAUGAACUGUUGUGACAGAAAGCGGUGUCACUUGGGGUGCAUUGACCUUUGGGAUGAUAAGGAUUUACUAGGAUCGGAGAUCCCAGACCACUUGGAUCAUGGUAGAUCAAAUGAACCAAUGAAUUUUUGUUCAGAGUGGAGUCCUCAGUUCAUUAUUGAUCUACCAUGAUCUGAGUGAUCUCGCAUCACUUAUCCUCAUUCGGAUCAUCUCAAAGAACCCACUCUUAAUAAUCUACAUGCCACGAGAGAUCAGCAAACAUAGAACCGGUCAACCUACAAACCAGUAAGUAUGGAAACCAGAAACUCAUACUAACUGUUAUUCCCUAUUUGUAGUGUUCAACUACAAAGGCAUCCCGUGUGCUUGCCCUAUUGCUGUAGUGUGGACCUGGUAAACCCAGGAUACCCAAAUAAGUUGGUACUCAAACUGACUGUUUCUCUACUCCUGUUGUGAUUUUGGUCACUGCAUGACCAUUUACCUGUCUUCAUUUGAUUAUGGCUAUCAUUAUCACUCUUGCUCAAAUCCUUGAAGGAACACAGCUUACAGCCGUCAACAUACAGCAGAUUUAUAAGUGGGAUUAAGAGACGCUUGAUCUAUGGCGGUUGUUGUUUUUUCAAUCUCAGUACACUUUUUGACAUGACACAUUGAUUUGAAUUUAAAUAUUGACUUUUGUACAUGUACUUGUUAUCAUAAUUUCAUAUAUCAUUUAUUAAAAGGAGUGUGGUGGUAGGAUUUUCUCACUUGUCAUGUGGAAGAAAGCGGAGCGGGUAUGGAGGCUGAACCACUGUUGCUUUUUUCCCUCCACCAUGUACCCUAGAUUUGUCGAUCAGGUAUGUGACUUAAUUCAAUUUUUUGGAUUAAUAACUGUCUAAUACCUUUCAUUGAGAAUUGACAUUACAUGGUUUUAAAGUUGGAAAAAGCUGUUAAACAAGUAUUUUGUUAUACAUUGUGAUGCUGAUUGCUCUAUGGACCUCCUAAACACCUGAUUUAAUAACACACCCACUCAGUCAGUUCUCAUACUGACUGUUCCUCUUCGUUUGUCGUCUUCUUGGAUCCACAACUCCACACUGAUCCCUAUACAUUCCAGAUAACUGACUGGAAACUUGUGGAAGAUACUACUUGUAUGAAACUGGAUUCCUUAUGGUGGCUGGAUGCUUGAGUAUGGCCGGAUUCCAAUGAAAGCUGAACUUGUCGAAGGUGUAGUGGUGCUUGGCCGAUGAACUGUUUCGGCAGAAACCGGUGUCACUUAAUCUACAUAACACGAUAUCAGAAAUCAUAGAACCGGCCAACCAAUAAACCAGUAAGUAUGGAAACCAGUCACUCAUACUAACUGUUCUUCCCUAGUUGUAGUGCUUAACUACAAAAGCAUCCUUAAUGCCUUCCCUUUUUGCUGUGGUGUCAACCUGCCCAUUGGAAGAACCUGCCACCCAACUCCAAGAAAUUCAGGAUACCCAACAUGCCUUCUAAGUCAGUCAGUACUUAUGCAGACUUUUCCUCUGCCCCUGUUGUGAUUGUGAUCAGUGCAAGUCCCUUGAGCUAUCUGCAUUGAUUAUGGCUAUCGUUAUUGUUCUUGCAGAAGUUUUUGGAGGACAAUACUUAUUAUAGCAGUGAACAAACAGCAGAAUUAUCAGUAGGAAUAGCAGACUCCUUAUCAAAUGCAAUUUGGUGGAGACACACUUCUGUUUGACUAAAACAUUGAUUUUAAUUGAAACAUUGAAUCUUUGUACUUGUUAUCAUCUUCAACCCUUCAAGUUAAAGUUUUUACUCAAUCGCCAUUUGGAAACCAACUCUUUUGGUUAAGGAAGACUUUUUACAAAUGAAGUUGCCAGCUCCAAAAUUUUAGGCGCCAUGGCGACCAAAAUGGUCGCAACUUGGAGGGUUAAUAUUUUAUAUUUUAUUUUCAAAUUAGAAGGAUUGUGGGGACAAGACUGCUUGUCUGCUGUGGCGAAAAAAGCAGAGAUGACAAAGAGAAGCCAUUGCCAUUGUUUUUCUGAUUUUGAAGGCACUUUGGAUUGAUGGUAAGUGACUUGGCCCCAUAUUAAGCAGACACUUAAUAUUAAGCAAACAAAUAGAUGUUUCUUUUCUUCAAACAUAGAACCGGUCAACCUAUAAAUCAGUAAGUAUGGAAACUGGAAACUCAUACUAACUGAUACUGUAUGUGUCUGUAACUUAAUAUCCAUUUCUUUGUUUUACUAGUUGAGAAGGGCAAAUCACAACUGUUUGGGAAUUUUCAUCUUCUGUAUCUUGUCUUGAAACUGACCUGCCUUGAGCAGGGUUGUCAAAAGUAGCUGGCUGCCGACGAAAAUCGAUACCUUCUUGGUUAGUACCGGCAGGCUACUGGGCUUGGCAUUUCUUUAUGAAUGGCGUUUUUUAAAUAAAAUAUCCCUGGACUGGUCACUUACUUUGACAUGUCAGCUGUCUACUUCAAAACAUUUUGACAACCCUGUUUGAGGGAAAGAGCAGAGCUGAAAUGGAGAAGCCAUUAUUGUUAUGUUAUCCACCCAGUACCAUGGAUUAGUUGCAUGUCACUUAAGUUUUAAUUUUUGAACUGAUUAUUCUCUCAAGACAUAUAGCUUUAUCUCUGUAGCUUUCUUUAUGAAUAAACACUCCAUGGUUUUCAUGGAAAAAAGGACAAAUCACACUAAGGGUGACUAGAAGCACAACUCUUGUGAUACAUUUUGUCACUGUUUUUUAACUGAUUGUUUUUUCUCUUCUUUUUAGGGUAGCCUUUGUCAAUGCAGAUCAUGAACUGCACAAUGUGUCUGGCAUUAUUCUGUCACCUUACUGUGAAUUGGACUUACCUGAUAAUUGA